UCUGAGAUGUGGGGCCCCUGACUCUCGAACAAGUGCUGGUUCCCUAAGCUUCAGAAGACGGAAGUUUGGAGACGUGCUGGGCGCUCAUCCAGUGCAACGGCCUCAUUUCCUCCGGGAGGCCGGGGGUAGCCAAGAGACCGGACCAGAGUCGCCGGGAACGCCCCGCCCCCUGCCCAUCACACAAUUCCACGCGAUGCUCUGGGUGGAUUUCUUAAUGUGGCCACUCGAUUUAUAAAUCUUGGGGUAAGGGCGGGGGGAGGGCGUGAGGUUCGGCUUUUCUCUUCUCAGGACCCUGGUCAGGGAGCAGGGGGAAGCGGCCUUCACCGGUCCCGGGCUUCCUCUUCCUCGAGGCUGCUGAAGACUGCUCCUUCCUUCAGAAGCGAAUAACGUCCGCGCGCUCUGGUUUGACCCACACGACGCUCCGUCCGGGUUACCGGAGGGAGCAUGCGCACGGCGACUUCUGACCCUUCCUCUUUGCUCCUUUCCCCUCCCCCAUCCCGGCAACAAGCGGCGAUGGCGGCCCGCGUGGGCUUGGUGACCUGUCUACCUCUGUGCGCCCAGGUAAGGGGCCGAUUCCUUGACUCUCUCCACCGGCACCUCAGUUCUCCCGGAACUGCCAUCCUCAAAAGAGAAGAGCCGCCUGCGGGGAGCGCGGAGCCAGGCCUGCAAGAAAAGUCCAACAACAAGACUUUUUCUGAGGUGCAAAAAGAAAGACGUGAGCAAGCGCAGAGGUCCAUUUUAAUAAGCUGCCCCAAGAAAGUUCCUGAGAAAAAGCUUCUUAAGCAUUUAUGUCAGCAUGGAGAAAUCACUAAUCAUUUCUUCUUUGAAAGCUUUGGGAUUCAUGCUGUUAUAGAGUUUUCCAAAAAGGAAAGUAUAGCUUCACUACAGGAUGCAACUUUUAUCCCUCGUGGAGAAACAGAGUUUCCUAUUCCUUUUAAAUCUCGUUUCUUUCAUUUGAACUUGAAGAAUCCAUCAAACCAAACUUCAGAUGGGAUGCUUGUGCAGUGUAGUAACCAGUCUAGCCCUUUAAAUGCGGAUCUUAUCCAGACACUUUGUAAUGCAGAAAGUGUAGAAGGCCAAAUUAUCACACUCAUGAGGACAUUACAAAUAACAGAGGAGAAUAUUAGGCUUCGAUACCUUAGCUGCUCUCUCAUUGAGGAUAUUGCAGCGGCAUAUUUUCCAUCUUGUACUAUCAAACCAUUUGGCUCAUCAGUAAACAGCUUUGGGAAACUAGGAUGUGAUUUGGACAUGUUUUUGGACCUGGAUGACAUUGGGAAAAACAGUGCUACAAAGACAGCAGGACCAUUUUUAAUGGAAUAUCAAGUGAAAAGUGUACCUUCUGAAAGAUGGGCUACUCAGAAGAUUCUAGCCGUGAUUGGAGAAUGCCUAGACAACUUUGGCCCAGGCUGUGUCAGCGUGCAGAAGAUACUACAUGCUCGCUGUCCUCUGGUGAGGUUUUCUCAUCAGGCGUCUGGUUUUCAGUGUGAUUUGACUGCUAAUAAUAGGAUUGCCAUGAAAAGUUCAGAACUCCUGUACAUAUAUGGUUCCCUGGAUUCCCGAGUUAGAGCUCUGGUGUUCAGUGUACGAUGCUGGGCACGUCAGCAUGCCUUGACAAGUAGUAUUCCUGGUGCCUGGCUAACAAAUUUCUCCCUUACGAUCAUGGUCAUCUUUUUCCUUCAGAAAAGAUCUCCUCCAGUUCUUCCAUCUCUAGACUAUCUAAAAAAUCUAGCAGAUGCAAGAGAUAAAUGCAUAAUAGAAGGCAAUGACUGUACAUUUGUUAGCAACUUGGACAGAAUUAAACCUUCAGAAAACACAGAAACACUCGAUAUCCUACUGUGUCAGUUUUUUGAAUAUUUUGGAAAUUUUUCUUUUAAUAAAAAUUCUAUAAACAUCCGAAAGGGAAAGGAACAAAACAAGCCUGACUCUUCUCCUGUAUACAUUCAAAAUCCCUUUGAACCCGCUCUUAACAUCAGCAGAAAUGUUAAUGAAAGUCAGCUGGAAAGAUUUGUACAUCUGGCCAGAGAAAGUGCUUGGAUUUUACAAGAGGACAAAGGUCGAUCUUCAAAAUCAAGUAGCCACCCUUGGGGCCUGGCAGCCCUGCUGCAGCCAUCUGUAUCAAAUAAAUCCAAAGCCAAGAAGCCGGGGAGAGGACCAACAGGUGAAGCAGUAAGAAAGUUGUUAGAGUCCAUAAAGGCUGACUCCUCAAAACAUUCAGCUGCUACCAGGGAGGAAAGGACUACUAGCACUCAGUCAUGAGGCCUGUUUACUUUCUUUUAAGAAUCGAUUAUGUCCAAUAAAAAUGUACUUGAAAUACAGUAGGAAAACUGACCUCGGCCUUCCACAGGUUUCAGCUUUGGUUUAUUCUUUGCAUCUGACCCAGCUCAAUAUACCUGACUCAGAGCGUCCACACCUAGCUUUAUCGAUCAGCCGUGUGAGGCCAAAGCCAAAUACUGUUUAUAGAAUGAAACAAAAUGACAAAAGAGAGAAAAAGGUUGGGGAAUAAGAAAAUGAAUGGACAGCAGAGGGAUGGGGCCACUUUCUUUUAAUAAAAUCACAACUUAAAAAGCA